AGUUCUUCCCCACUAGUUCUCUCUUUCUUCUAUCCUUCUUAUUUCAUAUCAUCAUCUUCUUGCUUUAGAAAGACCAUGGGUGUCACCACCUUCACUGAAGAGAUCAGUGGCCCAAUCGCCCCUGCUAGGAUCUUCAAGGCUGGAAUCCUUGAUUCACACAACUUACUUCCCAAACUCCUUCCAGACAAGAUCAAGAGCAUAGAAGUUCAUGGAGAUGGAGGGCCUGGAUCCAUCGAACAGAUCAACUUAGCUGAAGGAGGCCCUUUCAAAUGCAUCAAACACAGGAUUGAAGAACUUGAUAAGGAGAAUUUCAUGUGCAAACACACUCUGAUCGAAGGUGGUGUAAUUGGAGACAAGAUCAUAAAAGUUGUUGAAACUGUUAAGUUUGAGGCAUCUCCAAAUGGAUCUGUUUGCAAGAUUACCAGUGAGUUUCACACUGCUGAUAACUCCGAGGUCAAAGAGGAAGAAGUCAAGAUUGGCAAGGACAUGGCAAUAGGGAUAGCCAAGGUUGUGGAAGCUUACCUCUUGCAGAAUCCAAAUGCCUAUGCUUAGGACUCUCUUUCUAUAGCUUUAUAUGGCUUCAAUAUAGCUAUACUUUGGCUCAAUAAUAAAAGCCCCCUAUUAUGAUUGUGGGGUUUAUUAUGAAUAAUGCUUCAAUAUUAAAGGCAAAUUUACAUGAAAUAUUUUAUUAUUGUGCUUCAAUUAAAAGAGAAUUUCUUGA